AAAUAAGCUAAGCAACUUUUUUCAUUGUGUUUUUAUUUAUUGUUCUCGUUCAGAAUUUUAUUAAUUUGGUUUUAUUUUUCGUCUUUUAAUUAAUCCAAAAUGAAAUUUAAUUACAAAGAAGAACAUUCGUUCGAAGCUAGGAAGACAGAAGGUGAAAAAAUCCGUAAGAAAUACCCCGACAGAGUUCCAGUGAUCGUCGAGAAAGCCCCGAAAGCUCGGAUUGGAGACUUAGAUAAGAAAAAAUACCUCGUACCGUCUGAUUUAACUGUUGGCCAAUUCUAUUUCUUAAUCCGUAAGAGAGUUCACCUUCGUCCUGAAGACGCUUUGUUUUUCUUCGUUAACAAUGUCAUUCCACCUACUAGUGCUACGAUGGGAUCCUUAUAUCAGGAACAUCACGAAGAAGAUUACUUUUUAUACAUCGCAUUCAGCGACGAAAACGUUUACGGUAAUUGAAUAAAUUACCUUGUUCAUUUCAUGUACAUUAUGGGUUUUGCUUAUUUCUAUUCGUUCACUGAAGUUAUUUCCCCCUAUUUUUUUUCUUUUCUAUCGAUUCUAAGUUAAUUAACUACUACUAUUUCUUUUUAGGUAAAAGUUAACCCGUACUAUAUUGUAUUAGUUGUGUGAUUAUCGUUUGUUUUAUUAUUUGAAAUCUUUUUUUGCGAUAUGAGGCUUCUCCCUAGGUUAAUUUUUAUUAUUAAUUUAACAUUUACUAUGCAUGAUUAUAUUUUUAUGUUGUUUUAAAUUUAAAUAUACAAUGUAGAUAAGGUGUA